UAGGCGACUGGGGAGGGCCUGGGCCCACCUAAGAGGCAGCUGUGCCCUGAAGGUAGCCUGGUGGAGGACAGACCCCACCAGCCAGCUAGGGGUACGUCUGGGGUCGGGUCCUGAGGAGGGAAGAGCAGAGACUCGAAGAUACCGUGGGGGUCUCCAGUUAGCCCACUAGGGGUGGGGAGGGUGAACAGGGGACAGGGAGCCCCUGCUGACUUGGGACCCUCCUUCUCGAGGCCCAGCACCCAGGACGUCUGGUUCCCCGCCCCCCAGCGCUGUAUGGUCUGGCUGCACUCCUGUGCUUUCUGGGCACGGGCCCUCAAGGACAGCGUGUUGACACAUUAGGCCCCGCUCUAUCACUACCGGGGAGGGAGAUAGGCUGCCGGCGACAGAAAGGGACCUUUGAGAAGGCCACUUUGCCUGGAGUGUGGGCGCCGGGCACUGUCCCCAAGGUCACCGCAGAGGAGAUACGGCCCGUCCGCCUGCACAAACACCACACCUUCCACUUGGCUCACUUAAGGCAGGCAACCCAGCCCCUCGCAUCACCCACAAUGCGGGGCCUGCCUCUCGCCCACCUGGCCCUGGUGCUGUCUGCCCUGGGGGCUCUGCUAGGGACUGAGACCCUCGGAGCAGAGGAGCCAGCUGUGGCCCCUGGUGGCCUCAUCUUUGGAGAAGACGUGGACUGGCCGCCAGGCAGCCCCCAAGAACCUCUGUGCCUAGUGGCACUGGGUAGGGACAGCAACGGCAGCGGCACCCCCCUGCGGGUGGUGGGGACUUUGAGAGGCUAUGAGCAGGCCUUCCUGGGAGCUGUGCAGCAGGCCCGCUGGGGCCCCCAAGACCUGGCCACCUUCGGGGUCUGCAGCCCCGGCGACAGGCAGGCUGCCCUGCUCUCUCUGCAGCGGCUAGGGGCCUGGCUGCGGGGCCCUGGUGGGCAGCGCCUGGUGGUCCUGCACCUGGAGGAAGUGACGUGGGAGCCGACACCCUCGCUCAGAUUCCAGGAGCCCCCGCCUGGAGGAGCUAGCCCCCCGGAGCUGGCGCUGCUGGUGCUGUACCCUGGGCCUGGCCCCGAGGUCACUGUGACGAGGGCUGGGCUGCUGGGUUCCCAGAGCCUCUGCCCGUCCCGGGACACUCACUACCUGGUGUUGGCGGUGGACCGCCCCGCGGGAGCCUGGCGCGGCUCCGGGUUGGCCUUGACCAUGCAGCCUCGAGGAGAGGGCGCCCCCCUAAGUACCGCCCGGCUGAAGGCGCUGCUAUUCGGCGACGACCGCCGCUGCUUCACGCGGAUGACCCCGGCCCUGCUCCUGCUGCCGCGGUCCGAGCCCGCGCCGCUGCCCGCGCACGGCCAGCUGGACACCGUGCCCCUCCCUCCACCCAGGCCAUCCGCGGAGCUCGAGGAGUCGCCGCCCAGCGCAGACCCCUUCCUGGAGACGCUCACGCGCCUGGUGCGGGCGCUGAGGGGCUCCCCGGCCCGGGCCUCGGUGCCGCGCCUGGCCCUGGACCCGGAUGCGCUGGCGGGCUUCCCGCAGGGUCUGGUCAACCUGUCCGACCCCGCGGCGCUGGAGCGCCUGCUCGACGGCGAGGAGCCGCUGCUGCUGCUGCUGCCGCCCGCCGCGGCCACCGCCUCCGGGGACCCCGCGCCCCUGCAGGAACCCACGUCGGCGCCCUGGGCCACGGCCCUAGUGCGCCGCGUGACCGCCGAGCUGCAGGCGGCGGCUGCCGAGCUGCGCGGCCUCCCGGGUCUGCCUCCAGCCGCAGCCCCGCUGCUGGCGCGCCUUCUCGCGCUCUGCCCAGGCGGCCCCGGCGGUCCCCUGCGAGCGCUGCUGCUCCUGAAGGCGCUGCAGGGGCUGCGCGCGGAGUGGCGCGGCUGGGAUCCGCGCGGACCGGGGCGGGCGCAGCGCAGCGCGGGGGCCACCGCCGCCGACGGGCCGUGCUCGCUGCACGAGCUCAGCGUGGACCUCCGCGCCGAGCGCUCGGUACUCAUCCCCGAGACCUACCAGGCCAACAAUUGCCAGGGCGCGUGCGGCUGGCCGCAGUCCGACCGCAACCCGCGCUAUGGCAACCACGUGGUGCUGCUGCUGAAGAUGCAGGCCCGCGGGGCCGUCCUGGCGCGCCCUCCCUGCUGCGUGCCCACCGCCUACGCCGGUAAGCUGCUUAUCAGCCUGUCGGAGGAGCGCAUCAGCGCGCACCACGUGCCCAACAUGGUGGCCACCGAGUGUGGCUGCCGGUGACCCCUGCGCCGCGCGGGCCCCUGUCCCGAGGGGCCGGAGGCGCCCCAGCUCGCACCCCUUCCCAUAUUUAUUCCGCCCCCAAGCAUGCCCCCAAUAAAGACCAGCAAGUGACCGG